UAUUUCGAUAUUUUCAUUGACCAAAAUCAAAGUUAAUUACGUGUUUCUUCAAUCGCCGUGAAUAACUCAAGACGAUUUACUAGUCACGCUUGAUCGGGAGUUGUUUUUUGGUGACGCGUGGUCAACUGUAGGAUUUGGCAAUGUUCCGUGUUAGAAACGUCAAUAAAUAUUUGUGUCAGUUAUGGAUUUGUAUCAAAAUUCCAACGUUUCGGGUUUUCUAGCCUACAUGCGAGCUCUAGUGGCUGGAAAUCAUGGUGCCAUAUAUGAAGCAUAUUACAAUUUUGUUGAUCCAAAUGGGGGAGGGACCAUAGGUGCAAUGGAGGCAGCCAGAUUUCUGAAGAAGUCUGGCUUGAGUGAUGUUGUUCUUUCAAAGAUUUGGGAUUUGUCAGAUCCGGGUGGACGCGGCUGCCUGGACAAGACUGGCAUGUACAUUGCUUUGAAGUUAGUGUCACUUGCACAAGCUGGUGAUUCUAUAAAAAUGGCUAAUAUUAAUAAAGAUAUGCCACCACCCAAAAUGGGUGAUAUACCAAUGCCCAAACCUAAGAAACCUCCUCUACCUUCACACGCACCUUUGAUCACAUCACUACCAACCAGUGCUGUUGAUUGGACUGUAAAACCUGCAGAAAGGGAAAAGUAUGAGAAACUGUUUCAUUCCCUGCACCCAGUUGAGGGAAUGAUUCCCGGGAAUAAAGUUAAAGGUGUUUUAAUGGAUUCUAAAUUACCUCUUGAUACUCUUGGCAAGAUUUGGGAUCUUGCUGAUCAGGACAAGGAUGGAAUGUUGGAUAAACAUGAAUUUAUUGCUGCAAUGCAUUUGGUAUAUAAAGCGUUAGAAAAGUACUCGAUUCCAAACACGCUACCGCCAGAGCUCAUGCCUCCGGCGAAAAGAAAAGACUCUGCAUCAAUGAACACCUCGCUCAUUGGUAAUCUUGACGGUAUGAAGCCGCGAAUGCCGCCGCCGCCAAUGUCUUCUAUACCGCCGAUGACGGCCAUCCCACCGGCACCGAUAACCGCGCCUCUUAUCCCUACAACACACGGCGCGCCACCGCCUCGACCCGUACAAAGCGUACAGCCUACGUUCAACUGGGUUGUCAGCACUGAGGAAAAGGCCAAAGCGGAUGCCUUAUUUGUCAAGAGCGAUGUUGAUAAGGACGGCUUCGUAUCGGGACAGGAAAUAAAGGACGUGUUCCUGCAAUCGGGCGUGCCGCAGAAAAUCUUAGCGCACAUAUGGGCUCUGUGCGAUAUUAAUCAAAGUGGUAAGUUGAAUAACGAACAAUUUGCUUUGGCGAUGUGGUUCGUCGCUAGAUGCCUGACCGGGGUGAAUCCCCCACCGAUGCUCACACCCGAAAUGGUCCCGCCAAGUUUUCGCACCAACAAACCACAGGAACAGUCGUCAACAGAUAAUAACAACACAACCUUUUCAAAUCCUGAGCUGGAAAUGGUCAGCAAGGACAUUCAAGAAUUGGCAAAAGAAAAAUACGCUUUAGAGACCGAGAUCAGUCAGAAGGAAAUCGAUAUUCGAAUCAAGAGCGGCGAGAUAAAGAGCUUACAGAGUGAGUUGGAUACCCUGGCAGCCACUCUCAAGCAAUUGGAGAAUCAAAAAGGCGAGGCAAUGAAGCGGCUUGGCGAUUUGAAAGCCCAGAAGUCCUCUCUUGACGAUGAGUUGGAGGAAGUGCAAAAACAAUUAGAUGAGCAAAUAUUGAAGGUUGAUAAGUUGCGUACACAAGCCGCUGAGCAAGCAGAAGUAAUUUCAUCGCAAGAAAGCGAAUUAUCCAGCAAGAAGGAGCAACUGGAGCAACUCAAAGCAGAAGAAACGCGAUUGGAACAGUUGAAAAACGACAAUACGAAGACAAUCGCCGGUCUUUCGAAUAAACUUCAAUCUACCCAGUUGACUAUUAGUCAGGCGAAGGCGAUGAUUACGCAAUUGCAGGAGCAGUCGCGUCAGAUAAAGGACGCCAUCACCGAUUGCGAUACCGCGAUAGAUACGAAUGAUGUCAGCGCAGUGCCCGACACUGCGCUGCGAAUUCAACCCGAAUUCCGAGACCCCGAAUACAAGCGCAUUGGAAUGGUUAACGGCGACUCGCAGAACGGCUUCGGUGACAAGCCAGAUCCGUUCAGCAAUCAGAAUGGUCAUAACGCGCAAAACCCAUCAACAGGCUUCCAGAACGAUCCGUUUGCUAAUGAUCCUUUCAAAGGUGGCGACGCCUUUGCUAGCGACCCGUUCAACAACUCCGGCUUCGGCGCCUCCACCGGUGAUGGUUUCGGUUCGGAUCCAUUCAACAACUUCGGAACGACAACCAACAAGGCAGAUCCCUUCAACGCUUUUGGUGAUAAUAAAAACACCUCUGUUACUCCCGAGCCCGAUAAAGACGCUUUCGGUUGUGAUCCAUUCGCUGUUCUACACGCGCCUACCAGAGACGGCUCCGCGCCUGGCCGACCCACAAGUCCCAGUCCAGCGCUGCCGCCAAAGAAAGCAAAACCACCACGACCCGCACCGCCACGACCCCAACCACCAAAGUUCAACGCAAACACCCAACCUGAUCCAUUCAGUUCGAACGCAGAUCCGUUCUCAAGCGGAGGGUUUGCAGACUUUGCAAACUUUGAUUCUAAGUGUUUGCAUCGUAGUUUUCUACCGGACAUUAAUUAUGCACUUGUACGAUUUCCUAAUGUGUGCCGACCCCCAACAUCCUUUUAUGACCCCUCUCCCGAUCUGAUUGUGUUUUCCGAGAAAUCCAGCGCGCCGCCUACGAAUCCACCGAUCGCCGCCCCCAGGAAACCGGAGUCUGUAGGCAAAGCUCUUGAAUUCACAGACGAUCCAUUCCGCAACUAUAGGUAUGAAGACCCAUUUAACAUCGCGUUCGAUGACGAAGAUGAAACGGACGACAAAGGAGGCGCAACUGAGGAUAAGUUUGACCCGUUCAGCCUUGGCGGGCGGCAGUCGGUGCCUCUGCCCGCAUCCGCACCAAGCGCAGCCAGUGGCCGCAAAUCGGCACCGCCGAUUAGCAAGAACAAGCUGCCUGAUGAGAGCGAGCAGAUCGCAUGGGCCGCGCAGGAUAGUCUCGUGCUGGAGGAGCAACGCAAACAGAGACAAUUACAGGAGCAAGCCGAUCUCGAGUUGGCGAUAGCCCUUAGCAAAGUGGAUAAUAAACUGUAGCAUAUAAGUGUUAUUGUAUUAACCUGUGAGUGCAUUUGUUGAUGAACUAUUUUCAAUUUCUAGCUUGUUGGUAGCGUCAGGAGAAUGACAUAUCAUUAUCUUUCGGUUGUCCAUACUAGUUUUGACGUAUGAGAGAAACCAAGCAUUUCACUACUCGGUGUUUUUCAUUUGUUUAGCGUACGCUUCUCAACAGACUCGGUAACAAACACAUGUCACCUUUAUUUCAAAUAUCAACCAACCGCACUGAUUCUUAUGAUACUAACACACGAAGGUGGAAAUUCAUACAUACUUAUUGAAAUUCAUUCCAAGUCAUGUUGAUGAUAGUCAUGUACAUAGAAUGUUAUAUUUUUUUUUUAUGUUUUAAAAACUUAUUAUUUAAGAACAAAGACACCUCUAAGGCCUAGUAUUAUUUGUCGAGAGAGAUUAGAGAGAUUAUGUUAAUGAUAUUUCCGAAUUUUAAUUUGCGUGAUACGGCUUCCUGAGAAUUAACAUCGAUUUGAAAACGUUUUCGUCAAUGGUGCCUAUAACAUGCCUAUAUUUAAUCAGUCUUUUUCGAUGGUGAAAUUAUAUUAAAAUUGAGAUUUAAAUUAAACCAAGUUAACGUGAAAUCGCAACACUAAACUUUGUAACGAACUUUUUCCAAUAUGAUGCUUUAUUAUCAUUUAAAUUUUCUUAUUCUGUGGUUUGCUUUUGCUGACUUUCAUCGUUUAGUGCUGUCAUUUCACCUUAAAAUAACAAAUUAGCAGAUAUCGCUCGCCCAAAAAUACUAACAUAAUAAAUAUUAAUAAUAUAUGAUAAAUAUAGAUAUUAUAAAAAUGAGAUUAUAGCUUUUUAGUCAAUACUCGACCAUUGAUUGAGAAUUAAAAUGUUAUCUACCGUUCGGCUGUUCACAUUCAAGCAUAAACCACCGACUCGAAAUCUAAGUGUUCCGGCGAAAUUGGCGAUUCCUUAUUUUUCUCAAGCAUGUAAUUAAUAUUUAGCGCAGGAACAGCUGACUGCAUAUUACGUACACACAUUACUAUGUUUUAAAAGACUAUAUAUACAUUAUUACUAGUUAAAGUGCGUGAACCAUGAUACAUAUAAUGAUAAUGUAACAUUACGAUAUAAUAAUUAUACAUUCAUAUUGUGAGGCAAAAGAAACAUUCGAGAAUUAUACCAAAAAUAUGAAAAUUGUAUGAAAAUCCUGUACAGUGUUGUUACUUUUACUAUUGUUAUUUGGGUAGAUUUGUUAAAUUGGUGGCUUGCACUUGUAUAAAAAUGAAACAAACCAUAGCACAAUUCAUAGAAAGUACGUGUAUAAUUCCUACCCUAUAAUGAGAAUGGUAACGACAGUAAAAAUGAACUCAUACUCUAUAUGAAUAUACUCAUCUUUAGAACGAACGGAACAGGUUAAUUAUUGUAAUUUGUAAUCAACUAUUUAAUUAGUACAUACUGAUUUUCAUAAGUUCCGCAACGCUACGAACUUGUUCACUUGACUUGAUUUGAAUGUCGCCUCGAACUAACAAACGACGAAUUAUAAAAGUAAGAAAUUAAGUUCAUUUGAAACAAUGCGUUUAAUGUAAGCUGGCGAGAAACGAUUCACAAUUGGAGCGACCACUAAAUGAAGAAAGUAGAUGUUAUUAUACUAAGAGGACAAUGAAAUAAUAAUUGUUAAAUGUUACUUAGCUUGUUUAGGAUUUAUUUAUUACGAGUCAUAAGUUCAUUGUAAGUAUGCACUAUUGUCAUCAAAGAUAACACUAUGUGUCAUAUUUAAUAAAUCAAUAUAAUAAGGCUAUUAUCCUACAAAA